AUGGGUGACCUGAAGGCGGUGUUCUCUUCCCUUUUGGGAAAAGAGAGCGCCAAGAAGGUAAGGAAGGACAAGGACAAGGACAAGAAGAAGGACAAAAGGAAGCGGGAAAAAAAGGAGAAGAAGAAAAAGAAAAAGGAGAAGGGGAAGGACAAGACGAAGGAGAAAAUUGGGCGGCGAAUUGAGAAGAAGAAGAAGAAGAAAGAAGUUGAAGAAGAAGAAGAAGAAGAACCAGAAGAGAAUCAACGAAACGGACGAGCGCAACAAGAGCUACCAUUACAACAGGUAGAUGGAUACGAGAUUUAUGAAGAAGAAGAAGAAGAAGAAGAAGAAGAGGUACAAGAACACCGGGGACAAUCCGUUCCCAGAAAACGGAAGAAGAAGGAGAUUUUGAAACCACGGGCAGACAAAUCGAGAAAAAAGCCAAAGGAAAACAACGACGACGACGACGACGACGACGUACAAGUUGCAGGAGAACAAGAAGGAAGAAAGAAUUGGAAGUGGAACGCACACAAUCUCGAAGGACAAAAGUAUGGACAGUGGUCGGAGACGGAGCAGGAAGCGUUGACGAAUGCUUUAGAAACGUGGUGUAGAAGCAACCGCUGUCUCGACAAGUUCAACCGCAAAGACUACUCGUUCUUGUUGAGAGAACGAAACCAAAGUCGACGUGAACUGGAUAAAACUAUAUACUACGAAAUUAGCGCCGAAGUAAACACGAGAAAUCCGCAGCAGUGCUAUGAACGCAUUCGGAGAACGCUCAUUCGUUCGGCGAAAGGUGCGGACGAGCUCAGGAACAAAGAAUGGUCCGACGAAGAAAAGGUGCGAUUGAAAAGCUUAGUAGAUAGGUACGGCAACACCGCUUGGAAUGAGAUUGGAAAGAGGCUUGGACGCGAUGGCCAAAAUUGUCGCGAUAAAUAUCGCAGCACAUUUGAUAUUUUUGACGAAAACAGAGGAGAAGUAAAGAAGGGGCGAUUCAGCGAUGAGGAACGAGCAAAGUUCCGAAAAAUCAUGGAGGAGUAUUACGAAGAACACGGCAUCGAGCUCGGGAACCCGGAAGACGGUAAACACGGGGAAUUUUUAGACAACAUUAGUUGGACCGUCGUCGCGAAGAAGUUGGGCGGUAAUCGUUCGGAAAAGUCGUGUUUCACUCACUGGAAAAACGUCCUAGCUGCGGGCGAAAAAGGGGAUUUCAUGGUGGAGAACGGAGCCUGGGGAGGCUACGACGACGACGCCUCUCUGUUGGAACAAGUGAAAGAACAGUGCAUUUCGGACGAAAUGAACGAAGUGGAUGUAGAUUUCAGUCUUAUCACCGUUCCUGGUCGUUCGCAAACACAAAUCGUCCGCAGAUGGAAGUUUCUCAAGCAAAGAACCGAUACGAGAAAAGUCAAGGCGCUUUCGAAGAAGAUUGAAAAAUACGAAGCAAAAGUCGUGAAGGAGAGGAGAAAAGAAGCACGACGCAGAGUAAGUUAA